UACCUGGCUGCUCUUGGGUAGGCACCGACGUAAGUUCGUCCUGAUAAUAAGUUUUGAGGGCAAGAGGAGAAGACUGACGUUACUAACAGUAUGGUCUGAAUUGCUCUACUUAAAUUUAACCUGUAAUUUUACCACUCGAUAAAAAUAAUUGUAGGGAAUACGGUAUCUAUAUUUUUUCUCUUUUUAAUAUUUGAUAGGGUGACUGGAAAGGGAAGAAGAGGGAUUUAAAAAUAUACUUAAUAGGGAUUAUGCACUUUUGGAUGGUCACUUAAUGUUUUCAAGUUCUAGUUUUGCCUAAGUUAAAUUUCCGAGGUUGGAUGAAUAUAUACGUACAAAGACUAGAAGGAAAUAUAUUACAAUGGCAGCACUGGUUCUCUGUGGAUGAUGGGAUUAGAGAUGGCUUUUGUUCUCUUGUUUGUACAUUCUAGGGUAAUCAGAUGAUUUUUCUACUGUGUUCAGAGCCAGGGCUCCUUUCUGCUUGGCCUCAUCCUUAGACUGCUGGGGACUCAGAAAGGCCAUAAAGGGCCACAUGGGAGAGAACGUGGGACUUACUUUCCUGUCUUUCUCUCCAGCAUCUUGAACCCUUAAGUUUGGCAGCCUUAGCGGCUCUCUCUUACCUUGAAACUGCUAGCCCAUCUUUAAAAAAAUUUCCUUUUUACUCUUACGGGUUGGUUUGAUAUGUGUUAAGCCAGCACAGCCAGAUGUGUCCAGCCUUGCUUGAAUGCAAGACGUAGGGUGUUGGCACUUAGAUUUUAGUGGGCCUGAGAGUCACUCACUAAUAAGGAUCAAAUGAUUCCCGGCCCUAACUCCCCAGAGCCUGCUGCCGUAGGAGUGGGUGUAGGUGAGGCCCUGGGUGCUGGGUGCUUAGCAGGCAAACCGUGAAUCUGUUUCAGGUGUUCUGUGGACCACAGUUUGAGAGCCACUGACUUUUAGGAAGUUGGUACUUAAUUCAGUGGAUAAUGGAGAAAUGAUAGAGGGGUUUGAAAGGAGGUGUGUUGCUGGCAGAACUGUGGGAUGUAGGGAGGGCUUUGCAGGCAGGAGUGAUUGGAAUCUGAGAGAUCAGCUCUGGGAGGCAUUCGGGGUGGUCUCUUGGAGAGGGUUGAAGAGGCCUGAGUAAGAGCAGGGGCCUUGAGAGAGAGACAGAGACAGGAGAAGGGCUGCUGAUAGAGUCACCACCCAUGAGUGUUCCGGAAGCCUUGGCGGGGUCUGCAUGUGAGCGUGGAGAGAAGGGGACGUUCAUGUCCACGGUUUGUGCCUCAGGGCCUUAGCAUGGCAGUACCAUUGCAGUGUGCUGAAUUCCAGGAGGAGCUGCUUUGCAGGUUCGAGAGUGAGCACACCUUGCGGGUAGCAACCUCAAAAGCCGUUCUAGUUUGUAGAGGAGACAUCUUGCAUGGUACCAGCAUCUUGCAUGAUUCAAAUGCUUCAGAAAACACAGUGCCCUCUCUCACUGCAGCACUCUGAUUGUCUCAUGUUUUAAUGAGGUGUAAAUAUCAUGCAGCUUGGCACAUGGAAUGUGUUAAAAUAGGAGAGUGUUAGCUGAAAUUCAGGUCCUCCAACUUGAGUGUGAAAUGAUGCAAUAUACAUGAAUAUGGCACGCUGAAUUAUUUCUGUACAUCGCAGUCUAAGACAUAGAACACGUAGUGAAGUAGAGAUUAGGGUCCUACAGGAAGCUUGUCAAUGGAGAUACAAAAUCAGUGCUGAUAAGUGCAUCAUAGAGUAGUCCCUGCAGUCUUGCCCAGUGCUUAGUGAGAUCAGCAGUUCUGGCUGCAGUUGCUUUGUGGGAUGGGGAGCCGUUUCCCUGAGAUUAGUGCCUCCUUUGGGUCGUACCGGCUGGGAGAGAGCCAAGGGUGUGGAGGGCUCUUCCAGGGCGCGGCGCUCAAGGGGGUGGCAGGUCCGUCCUUCACAGGCAUGAUGGGGCCCGUUUUCUUGUUCGUCAUUGGCCCAUCCAACCCUCAGAAGUAGCUGUGAUUUCUUCUGUGAGUUUCAGGUAAAGUGAACAGAUUCUUAAUAGGAUCAGCUAUAAAACAAUAGGUGAUUUUUCUUAUAACAUCUCCCCGGUAUUCUGCACAGCUGACGUUUCCAUUAGAAUUUGCUCAUUUCUGGGACUUCCCUGGCGAUCCAGUGGUUAAGACUCCUCGCUUCCACUGCAGGUUGGCACGGGUUCAGUCCCUGGUUGGGAAACUAAAAUCUUGCAUGCCGCACGGUGCGGCCAAAAGAAAAAGGUUUUUUUGCUCAUUUCUCGUCUAUGAUUUUUAAAGUAAUCCUAACUGCACAGCCUGGUAUUCUGAAAUGAUGCGCUUGUCUUUCACGUUAAUUCGGGAAACGAAGUUUUGGAUGAAGUAGUGCACCAGGUCACAUUAGGAGAAAUAGAACUAACUCUUUGCAUUUAACUUGUCGCCUGUUAACUAGAGUGCCCUCUUCACUGACACUUCCACUAAGUCUGAUGAAAGUAGCUAGUCACCAUGCAUUCAUUCAGCAGUGCUUAUUGAGUGCUGACCCUGUACCAGGAGCUGUUCCGAGAGAGCUGAGGAUACAGCAGUGAAUAGAAGAGACGGUAAGUAGUUCCUGUCUUCCCGGAUCUGACAUUCUAGUGGGGGUUGACACACAGUAAGUAAAACUCGUAGCACGUGGGUGUAGUACAUGUUGCAGGCAAGGGCCAUAGGUGGAUGCAGGAGGGAAGCGGGGAUGCAGUGUUAACCGGGAUGGCUGGGGGAAAGCUCUCAGUGAGCACUCAGCUAACAGACGGAGGGAUGUUCUUGGCAGAGGGAACAGUCAGUGCAAAUGCCCUGAGACAGGCCAGAGCCUGACACAUGGAGGGAGCAGGGAGGCCAGCGUGGCUGGGACAGCGGGAGCCAAGGGCAGAGCGGCAGGAGAUGAGAUCACGGGACGGGUUGAGGCCAGAUGGUGCAGAGCCUUAGAGACCGUUAUGUGUGUUUUGGCUUUAAUUUGAUGUUUGGGGAGCCAUUGGAGGCUUUGGAGCCAAGGAGUGAUAUCAGAUUUACAUUUUAAGAUUACAGUGGUUGCUGUGUUGAGUAGACAGAAGUUAGCAAGGGUGGAAUCAGGAAGCCAGUUAAGAUACUGGGGCAAUAACCAUCUGAAAGAUGACGCUUGGACCAGGUGGCAGCUGUGGUCACCAUCACGAGAGGUGGCCAUGUUCUGGGUGGUCCGAAAGGCCAGUGGGAUUUACCAAGAGAUUGGGUGGUGGUGUGAGAGGAUACCCAUGGCGUCUUUGGUCUGGGGAAUUGGAAGGUUAGAGUUGCCGUCUGCAAAGAGCUGGAAGAGCGUGGGAGGAGACGGUGAAGGGGAUAUUUGGGUUCGAAACAUCCGUGCUUGUUAGUUCGCCAAGUGAAGUAGAGAUGUGUGUCUGCAUUAAUGGGGGAGUUUGGGACUAGAUAGAAAUUUGGUGGCCGUUGGGGUAUAUACAUGGUAUUAAAUGUCUGAGACUGGAUGAUGUCACCCAAUGAGUAGGCAGAGGGAGACAAGGAGGGAGAAGAAAUCUAGGGCAUUCCCACCCUUACAAGUCUGGGGGUUGAGCAACCAGCAAGUUGCUGCCUGUAAGUACAGGAAAUCUCGGGAAGGGUGGUGUCCUGGGGCCAGUGAGGAAAGUGCUCCCAGAAGGAAAGAGUGGUCAACUGGGCCCAGUACUGCUGGUGGGCUAAUAAGGGGAGACUGAGAAUUGACCAGUGUAUUUAGCGUGUGGAGGACAUUGAACUUGAAAGUUAGUUUUGGUGGGUUGAUGGGCGCAAACGUCUGAGUAGACCCAAGAGCAAAUGGGAGACGAGGCAUCGAUGUCCCGAGAGAUCACGCUGUGUUAAAGCAUCUUCCUGAAUGAGCACAGCACAGUCUCAGCAUGACUUAAGCACGGAAUGCAUUUUAUUUGAAUUCUUGAAAAUCUGUAACCAUCUUUUGGAAUAGAUGACUGUUUGGUAAAGUAGAUGUUUGAUGAAUUGGGACAUGUUCCGUCCUCCCUGAACUGGGUAACAGAACACCAUAGAUUAUGCAUUCUCUUACUUUAAUACUAACAGAGCUAUUCAUUCAUUGAAUGACUAUGUACUAGUGGCUUCUAUAGAGAAGAGUUAUUCCACAGAAACUCUCUCUCUACUCCAAGUUUUCCCACAUUUUUUUUUUGAAAUGAGAGUAAAUGAGUCUCUACCUGGGUUCUGUAUUAUUCCAUAGUUUAACCAUUUAGGCAGAAAAGAUUUGUUAUGGACGGCCCCAAAACCUUGGAAGAAUACCUUUUGCUUUUGAUUUACCUUCAUAUAUUGUAGGAUUUAUCUGAAAUAUUCUGAAUGCCGUGAAAUUUUGUACAAAUAAUGUCUAUUACAGCCCAGAGGUGGAAGCCAUUUGUUAGCAGGAAAAUUGGUGCAAAUAGAGAUUAACUAACUUUAAAUAUAUGUCAUGAAACAUAUAUAGAGCACCUAUCAUGUGUAAUGUCUCUACUAGGUGCGGUGAAGUGGACAGGGUCCCUGUCUUUGGCACCUUCCAUUGAGUGGAGAACACAGACAAGCCCACAGGGUUAGAUGAUUGCCUGCAGCAGUAUGUCUACAAGUUUGAACGGGAGAAGAUAAAUGGAGAGCAGCUGCUGCAGAUUUCCCAUCAGGAUCUUGAGGAGCUGGGUGUCACACGAAUUGGACACCAGGAACUUGUGUUGGAGGCUGUCGACCUUCUCUGUGCACUGGUUAGUUCAGUAAAAGAAUUACGGCCUCGAAACUGACAAUAUGAAAAACUUGGUUCUGAAGCUGCGAGCAUCUUCCCACAAUUUACAGAAUUACAUAAGCAGCCGGAGAAAAAGUCCAGCCUAUGAUGGGAACACCUCCCACAAGCCCCCCAAUGAGUUCCUGACUUCUGUGGUGGAGCUCAUAGGUGCUGCCAAGGCCUUGUUAGCUUGGCUGGACCGGGCUCCAUUUACAGGGAUCACUGAUUUCUCAAUAACGAAGAACAAAAUCAUUCAGCUUUGCUUGGACCUGACCACUACAGUCCAGAAGGAUUGCCUUGUAGCAGAAAUGGAGGAUAAAGUUUUGGCUGUAGUCAAGGUUUUAAAUGGCAUCUGUGAUAAAACAAUCCGAUCUACCACGGAUCCUGUUAUGAGCCAGUGUGCAUGUCUGGAAGAAGUUCACUUACCAAACAUUAAACCUGGGGAAGGCUUGGGCAUGUACAUCAAAUCAACCUAUGAUGGAUUGCACGUGAUUACUGGAACCACAGAAAAUUCUCCUGCAGACAGAUCUCAGAAGAUUCACGCCGGUGAUGAAGUGAUUCAGGUCAAUCAGCAAACUGUGGUGGGAUGGCAGCUAAAAAAUCUGGUGAGAAAGUUGAGAGAGAAUCCUACAGGAGUUGUGUUACUGCUUAAGAAGCGGCCCACGAGUUCCUUCAACUUCACUCCCGCCCCCUUGAAAAACCUACGAUGGAAGCCGCCUCUGGUCCAGACCUCGCCUCCGCCCACAACCACUCAGUCCCCGGACAGCACAAUGGAUGCCUCACUGAAGAAGGAGAAGCCAGCCAUCCUGGAUCUUUAUAUCCCUCCUCCACCGACCGUUCCCUACUCCCCCCGGGAAGAGAAUGGGAGUUCCGUUUACGGAUUCAGUAAAUGUAAACAGCCACAGCCUGGCCCUAAGGGUUCUGAGUCCCCCAAUUCCUUCCUGGACCAGGAAAGCCGGAGACGGAGAUUUACCAUCGCUGAUUCCGAUCAGUUGCCAGGGUAUUCCGUGGAAACCAAUAUUCUGCCCACAAAAAUGAGAGAGAAAACACCAUCCUAUGGCAAGCCCCGGCCUUUGUCCAUGCCUGCGGAUGCGAGCUGGAUGGGGAUUGUGGACCCUUUUGCUAGACCUCGAAGUCAUGGGAGGAAAAAAACAAAACAAAUUGUUGGAAAACCUCUAGAAGGUGAGGACGGCCUUUGCCGGUAUUUCAGUAAUGAGCGGAUCUCUCCGAUCAUCGAAGAAAGGUCAUCCCCCCCAUACCGUUUCUCAAGGCCCACGGCCGAGAGGCAGCUGGUCCGAGGUGCAGACUACAUCCGAGGCAGCAGGUGCUACAUCAGCUCAGAUCUCCACAGCAGCGCCACGAUUCCAUUCUCGGAGGAAGGGACCAAAAAGAAAGCCAGCUCCUCGGCAGCCAAGUCCUCUUCUCCAGAACCGUCCCUGCUGGUCAGCUGGUUUACUCGCCUGAAACUGUUGACUCACUGAGCCCUGCGUUCCCGGGACCCUCCCCGUCUCCUGCUACCAAGUGCCUUGCGUCCUCAAUCAGCAACUUGUUUUGAUUUUCAUCCACAGUAUUAUGCAGCGACCUUAUGCGAUUUCGUGGGUUUUCUUUUUUCUUCUUCUUUUUUUUUUUUUUAAGUUGUAUACUGCACUUGGAAUUUUGAAAUCAUUGGAUGGGAACAAAUCCAGAGAAUCUUAGAUGCUGGCUUAUGGAGGCCAAAGGAGGGAAAUGGGGAGAGUCCGCUUUUUCUUUUUGCUUCCUUGAGAGUCAGAACACGGAGACACACUCCCUAAACCACAGCCUUGGCCAGGAAUGUUAUCGGCGUUAUGAGUAUCUGGGCCAUUGUUCUUUUUAGGGGGGUGGGACUACAGUUGGUGGCCAGUGUCACACAGAUGUGUUGGUUUUUGGUCCACCCUCUUCACCUGAAAAAGCCAGUGGAGAAAACAGUUUUGUUUUGAUCUUUCAAGCUCCAUGUGUAAGUGUAGCAGCUUUGACUUUGAAAUAACACGUGGGAAGCAUCUGAUGCUCUUUCAGAGCAGAGGUUUGAGUGUAGGCCAGUUACACUUAGUUAAUGCCCUUUUCAUAACAGUCUCAGUGUAAGUCAGUUAAUACAGAAGCACGUGAAAAGGUUUAGAUAGGGCUUACUACACACAAAGACGUUUAUGGUUAUUUGUGAAGGGUGUUGUAUAUUAUUGUCUUUAAGGGAAAAGAAGCUAUAAGAUUUGCUGACAGCCAAAGUAUCAUUGAGAAAAAUGAAACAACCAUACUUAGGUUUAUGAGAGAGACAUCAGUUUGCAUUUUGACCUGUUCAAUGACUAUCUUCUAGAAAAGAAUGGACAGUUCUUCAAAACUGUACACAUUUUGCUAAUUAGAAAUCUCUUGGAAAAUCUCACGGUCACUCAUUUUCAACUAGCAUCAGGUAUUUUGGAAAAGUGUGUCUGGAUAUUAACUCUUGUUUAAACUGAAUGUAUGAUAUUUUGCUAGAAUGGAAAAGUACUAUCUUGUUAAUUUAAGUGUUUUAAAUAUAGUUGUAUAUUUUUCUUACUCUUAGUCACAUGUAAUUGAUAUAUUUCUGUUUUGUGUCCUACAUGAAGCUAACGAAAAAAGUGUUCAAAAUGUUUUCAGGUUUACCAGUGACCACCUUGGCUGUUGCCACUGUGGGCACUAUUGUUAAAAAAACAAAAUAAACCCUCCCAACCAUUUUAGGAUUUUAUGGAUUAGAAAUGGGGGCGUUGAGGGACUGUGUGUAAAGUAAAAUUACAUUUGGAGAAUUUUCUGAGCUAUAUCUCUGGGCAAAGCUGGUAUCUCCUAUUCAAAAAUAUCUUCCCCUCACCCCUUGAAAUGUCUACUUUGCUGAACUGCCUGAAAUUGGAGAUUGCUUGGAGUUAACAUCUUCCUUUUAAAAUGCCUCUGGUGGGACUUCCCAGGCGGUCCGGUGGUUAAGACUCCAUGCUUCCAACGUAGGGGGUGCAGGUUCAAUCUUUGGUCGGGGAACAAAGAUCCCACGUGCUGCGCGUUGCGGGCAAAAUAUUAAAAAAAAAAAAAACCUCUGGUGGGGUUAAGGGAGCUGGCAACCGCUCGCAUAUUAGUGUGAAUGAAUUCAGUCAGGCUGUUUUCCUGUCAACCAACCCCCAAGGGAACUGCAGUGAAGAUAUAGUUGUUUCAUGGGGAAUGAAAAGGGGUUUGGCCAGUGGAGGAGAGAAGAGGCUUGGAAUGCGUGAUUCAUUGGGUGCUUGACAAUACAGUAUAAGGGCAGAGCAGGGGCGGGGAAGUCUGGUAACAGGGCACUGAUGACUAGAAGGGACUAUGGAAAGCGGGGGAGAGCCAGCCCUCGCCCUUUGACUGUUAGUGUGGCCCAGAAAAUGGGGUGGCAACUCUUCUUCUCACUCGUCCUCUCACAUCACUCUCAGAUCCCCUGAGUAAUGAGUUUAGUGGUUUUGGAGGUCUUAGCUGGAGGUCAGCCCCUUUUCUGUGGAGUAAAUGUCCUUUGUGAUCAAAUGACCAUCCUCAGAUGAAUUUUCAGUGCCCAACUCAAGUACAGUAACUGUGCCCAAUCAGUGUUUCUCAGACUGUUCCCUGAAGUCCUAAGGGGAGGCCACAGAAGUUUCUGGGUUCUCUACCUUCAGUCAGCCUCCACCACUUCAUUUUUAUUUUUAUUUGGGAUUUUCUCCUGAAAUGUGUUUGAGAAAUAGAUUGCUGCUUAAAGAAGUUUCUAUGUAUCUUUACUGUUGACAUAUAUAAUUAAUAGUUUAAUACUAAUUUCUUAGAAAUUAAUGGAAACUGCUGGCCUCAGUAUUAAUCCAGGUUUAAUGGUAGACAUGUGUGAACAUAUGAAGAUGCAGAAUGACACUUUUUGACAUGAUCCUUUAAAACAGUGAUUUUUGAUUACUACCAGACCCAACUCAACACUAACCCUUUUGUAUAGUAAAUAUUUUAUAAUACCACUACAGUCAUCAAAUGAAAUUCAUGGAUGAUAAAACCUUCUUACAUACAUAAGAGCAUCAUCCCUAUUUGCUGUUCCAAAAUGAAAUAGGUACUAUAACUGACCUCUAUACAUCCCCAUCAAUAUAAUGUCCUAACUGAAUAUAAACAAAUAUACACAUAUAAAUAUUUUGUAAUGAAAUCAUUAUUUUAAUAUGUAAAUGCUCUAGCAUGAUUACAUUACAAGAUGUAUGAAAUCAUGUAACAAAGCACACACUUGUGUCUGUACAUGAAAUCACCAGGCCUGUGGCAGCUACACAGGCCUGCUGUGCUGGCAACUCAACAUCAGAAAUGGGAUUGAUGUCAGCAAUGCAAUUUUCUAAAAUGGGGCCAAUUCUUUUUUUUUUAAUUGAACGAACAAUUCUUUAAAUUCUAUAGCGCUUUACAAUUUUUAAAAGUUUCACACACGUGAUUUCAUAUAAUCCCAUAAUAAUCCUUUUUUUCCCCUACCCCUAUCCUGCCCCUUCUCCUUUCCCUCUCCCCACUGAUAACUACUAGUUUCUUCUCUAUAUCUGUGAGUCUGCUUCUUUUUUGCUUUAUUCACUGGUUGUAUUUUUUUAGAUUCAACAUAUACAUGAUAUCAUACAGUAUUCUCUGUCUGACUUAUUUCACUUAGCAUAAAGCCCUCCAGGUCCAUCCAUGUGGCCACAAAUAACAAAAUGUCAUUCUUUUUUAUGGCUGAAUAGUAUUCCAUGUAUAUAUAUAUAUAUGUAUGUAUUGCACAUCUUCUUUGUCCAUUCAUCUGUUGAUGGACGCCUAGGUUGCUUCUAUACCUUGACAUUGUAAAUAAUGCUGCUAUGAACAUUGGGGUGCUUGUAUCUUUUUGAAUUAGUGUUUAUGGUUUUUUUGGAUGUAUACACAGGAGUGGAAUUGCUGGGCCAUAUGGUAGCUCUAAUUCUUAGUUUUUUGAGAAACCUCCAUAGUGUUUUCCACAGUGGCUGCACCAAUCUAUAUUCCCACCAACAUUGUACGAGAGUUCCCUUUUCUUAACAUGUGGCCAAUUCUUGAUAAGGUUCUAGACAAAACAGAAUUCUGUAACAGUUACAUCCAUAUAGUGUUUACUGGGUGCCUGGCAUGGUUCUAAAUACUUACCUGACAACUUUAUGAGGCGGGUGCCACUGUGAUUCCCAUUUUACAUCUGAGGGCACAGGGCUGGUAGGGCAGAGCUGGGAUUAAAGUCAAAGCAGUCUAGCUCUGGCAACCUUGUUCAUCAUCACUUUGCUGUACACUUUCCCUCAGUUUAUAGAAUAAUUGCAUUCCUGAAAAAUCCAAUGCAUAUUAAAACUGGGCUAGAGGUUCCCUGUAUGUUUAUAUAUAAAACAAAAUUAGAUUCUAAUUUUCAGCUAAACUCAGAUAAUUCUAGACUGGCUUUCCAUCUACAUGAAUAUUUCAUCGGGCAAUUGAUAGUUGUGCUGAUGGGGGACGGUUUCUUGCUGGGAGGGGUCUAACCUGUAGAACUUGUGUAGCAUCCGUGUUCCAUCUGUUGAAUGUAGAUAGUGGCUGUCCCAUCAUUAGCACCUCAAAAGCCCUUACAGUUCCAAAACCACAUCUAAGGGGCAGUACCGUCCCUUUGAGAACAAGUGAUUUAAAAGAAAUGCUGUUUCAUCUUUGAGUAGAGUUCCAGUCUUCACGUUAUAUAUUUGUCAAUUUUCUAUCUUUACUUCUGUCUCCUCAGUUCUCUCCCCACCACACCGGAAGUUUUAGAAUCUGUUUUGUGAGGGUUGUUUUCGUUUUUGUUUUUCCACCUGAAAGUCAAGCAGUUGUUUGUUGCCUCCUCUGGCCCGAAGACCAUCAGUAUUCCCAAGUUUCAGUUUAUUAGCCCUCAGGAAACUCUAAGAGGUAUUUACUCUUAACUUUUCAUCCGCCAAAGAGCUGGUGUAAGUAAAUGUCUGACACAAGUAUGUUGCUUUUUUGCCACCAGAGGCAUAAAUGGGAUGGUCAUGCAGGCCUAAUUUGGAU